GCCCAAACAUAUUUUCUCUAUUUUGCCUCCUGACCACUCCCCUGGGCUGGCCAUUGCUGAAGUUUUAUAAACAGCUUUUCUGUGCCCUGUAAGCCUCAGCCUGGAUUCCAGACGCAGAGUGGUGGCUGACAUUUCAGGGGUUUGUGGGAACACCGGGCCAUAAAAGGACACAAGAAUCCCAAGGAAGAAUAGUUCCCCGGCCGUCCUCAUGAAGCUUUCGGCCCUCAGCGCCGCCAUCCUCCUGGCCACUUGUGUGCCCCGCGCUGCCAUGGAGCCGGGCGGGGAGGAGUCUGCCUUGAAGAGGGCAGAGCAGAUCACCGACAUCCAGAAAAAGGUCAGCGACCUCUGGAACAAGCUCAUUUACCUGAAGCCGGUCACUUCCGGCCACGACGAACACACCGUCUACGCCACCUGCCAGGUCAAGCCCUCGUCCACUUUGGAGGCCGGUAAGCCCCAAGUGACAGGGCAGGUGCUCUUCAAACAGCUCUACCCGGACGGGAAGAUGGACGUCUUCUUUGAUCUGGAGGGGUUUCCGGUGGAUACCAGGAACACCUCGGGCAGGGCCAUUCACAUCCACAAGUUUGGGGACCUGAGCAGCGGCUGCGACGCCACCUCCGGCCAUUACAACCCCCACGAGGUGGCCCACCCCCUCCACCCGGGGGACUUUGGGAACUUCCCCGUGAAGGACGGCAAGAUCCGCAAGUUCCGCUUCAACGUCUCCGCUUCCCUCUUCGGGCCCUACUCUGUCCUGGGCAGGGCUAUCGUGGUCCACGAGCAGGAGGACGACCUGGGCAAAGGCGGCAACAAGGGCAGCCUGGAGCACGGCAACGCCGGGAAGCGCCUGGCCUGCUGCGUCAUCGGCAUCUGCGGGCCCGAGCUCUGGAACAAGAAGGCCCAGGACAACGCCGCCCGGAAGAAGAGGAGGCGCGCCAGCGAGUGCAAGACUGCCUGAAGCGCAGAUCUGGCCAGGCCCUUGUUCCAGGCCCCGCCGGCCCACCGUCCUGGGCCGGCAUCCCUGGCAGCUGGUUGGGCUGGGAGGGCCGCCGGGGGCCGGAUGGAGCCGCCCUCCCCAGCCCGGCCCCCCAGCCGCUUUGCUUUGGGGGAAUUCCACAUUCCAUGUGUCAUGCAAUAAAGCAGCUUCAAUACA